GGUACCAAGCUUGCCCUUCACUUGAUCUCAAAGUAAUGUUGCCAUGGCGAGGCAAUGAUAGCUAGCUUGGUAUCAGCUGCUAAACAAACUAAUAUCCAUACUGUAAAGAUGUUACGUCAAUAGUGUUAUCACUGUACGUUGCAUCACUCUUGCCAUGUCACGCCUAAAAAUAAUCACAUCAUGCCAAGUGUGGUGAUGGGUACUUCUUCAUCAGUGCACUUUGAGGACACCGUGGACGUCGACCGUCUCUGAUUUUCGGCAACACAGCACCAGAGAAAUUCAGUUCAUGUAUAAAUAACGUUAUAUAAGUAACCAUGGUGACCGAGGAAUGGGAGUGGUUCUGUGGCAGGAACACAUCUUACCUUAAUACUCCAUUAGACGAGUGGGUUAAUAAUACCUGCUUUAUAAACGGGGUAUCUUUGCUUCCUCAUGCGGGCUUCAUUGCUCUAUCUUCGCUCCUUCUCUUCGUCUUCGGAUGUUGCUCCAGCUACAGGAAGAUCAAGACGAAGUAUAUCUUGACCUUUCCAGGUCACAGUCUGAGAUGGAUCGUCAGUAUCCUGACUCUUCUCUUACUUGGUGCAUCUAUCGGUGAGGGCGUCCUUACUGAUGAGACGUAUAAAGCAUGGCAGCAACCCACCCAGCCUCAUCUCUACAUGCACGGUGCUGGUGCCUUCUUGGCUUGCGUCUUCUCUCUUAUCUACUAUCAUCAUAUGGAGUUAUGGCAGGCGCCAUUCAUGUCUUUCUUGUUGCUAGGCUACUGGGCUACGGCUGCAGGUGGAGAGGCUUUACGCAUGUCAAACCUCGUCUACCAAAACCAAAUAGAUUUCAACGUGUUACGAUUCGACCUGACAGUGGCACUGCUCGUAUGUUUUGGUCUUCUUUUCUUGAUUGAGGUCUACGUCAUCUUGGCUAGGUUUGUUCAAUGUUGCGGAAGCUACAACAGUAGAAAACUUCCUGCCGACUUAUCGAAUCCGAAGAUGAAGUUCAUGAACUACAAUGUCAAUCUAGCAUCUUACCUGACUUACUGGUGGGUCAACUGGCUCUUUACCAUCGGUUACAACAAAGCCAUUGAUCAAGACGAUCUGGGAGACAUUCCUAACAGACACUCAGCUCGACACAACCAUAAGAAAUUCAAGGAAGCCUUCGAGUUAGAAACGGCAAAAGCACGCAAGAAGGGAAAGUCUCCAUCACUGACUCAGGUGUAUAUUAAAGUCUAUGGUUUUCGGUUGAUGACGUCACUGGUGUUGAAGAUUAUUGCAGAUAUGCUUGGCCUAAUUGGACCAUUGUGUGUUGGCGGUCUGACUUCCUAUGUCAUCACCAUCGUAUACCCGUCAGAUGGUGGAAAGUUACAGCCACAUUUCGUCACAGUGACGGAGUACUUUGGCAAUGGAUUCGUUCUGGUUGCAGUCAUGUUUUUAGCGGCUUCGGCUAAGGCUAUCAUUCUUCAGUGUAGCUUCCAUUGGGGUAUUCUAGAGAGUAUCGACGCAAGAACCUCUCUUCAGACCAUGGUUUACGAGAAGGCUUUGAGGCUCUCGACCUAUGCUACAACUGGAGGUAAGAUGACGAUGGGGCAGAUUACAAACCACAUGUCAACGGAUGCUAUGGCUGUACUCUACAUGUUCCAAACAUUCUACUAUUUGUUUUCCAUACCGAUUCAGAUUACAGUAACCCUAGUGCUGCUUUACUUUCAACUUGGUUUUUCUGCAUUGCUUGGUUUUGCUGUGUUCGUGGUUCUGAUACCCAUCCAGCUUAAAGUAGCUACCAUUAUGACCAAGAGACAGAAGGACGUUCUGGGAUGUUCUGAUCAACGUCUAAAGCAAUCCAAUGAGUUACUGCAAGGAAUCAAGCUACUGAAGCUGUAUGCUUGGGAGCAGAUCUACUGUGAGGCAAUCGAAGCCGUCAGAAACAGAGAACUUGGAUUUCUUCGCAAGAUUAACCAAUGCCUCAUUGUCACGAUUCUCAUAACGACAGCAGCUCCUAUCUUGGUAACAUUGGUGGGAUUCGGCACUUACACCGCUCUAACUGGCAAACCUCUGACUCCAGACGUUACCUUCUCAUCAUUGGCAUUAUUCAAUCAACUGGCCAUGCCGCUGUUUAUUCUACCUAUGUCUUUAGCUAUGCUUGUUAAUGGCUUGGUCAGUACCAAGAGAUUGCUUACGUUCUUACUAGCUCCAGAGGUAGAAGGAAAAGAGAGCUCAGUUCUAGAUGAUGAUGAAGAUGAUGCAAUGUCAAAUGAUCAGGAGGUUGUGGUCAAGUUUCGACAGCCAGAGAAAGUAACAGUCAGUCCAAAGUACACAAAGAAGGCCAUCGGGAUACAGACAGAUGAUAUGGAGUUAGUGACUUCUACUGAUAGUAAUGGCAACAGUGGUUUGAAUGGAACUCCUAAUGGCGCUUUUAUAUCGGAUCCAGAGCAGACUAUGGAAUCAGACAUUGCUGUUGAGAUCACUAAUGGAAACUUCAAGUGGGAUCCUGAAAGUGAUGUUAAUACAAUGUCUGAUAUUAAUGUCAAGAUACCAGCAGGGAAGCUAACAAUGAUCAUAGGGCAGGUCGGCAGUGGUAAAUCAUCUCUCCUGUCCGCCAUCUUAGGAGAAAUGACAACAGUGUCUGGUGACGUUCAAGUAAACAGUGGAAAGGAAAACAUAGCGUUUGCUGCUCAGAAGCCGUGGUUACUAAACGGCUCAUUACAAGACAACAUUCUCUUCUCCUCAGACAUGAACAGAAAAAGAUACAAGUGUGUGAUCGAGGCGUGUGCCCUGAAACCAGACAUUGAUAUCUUACCAGCUGGAGACCAGACUGAGAUUGGUGAGAAGGGUAUCAACAUGAGCGGAGGACAGAAACAGCGAAUCAGCGUGGCUAGAACCAUGUACUCAGGAAGACAACUUAUUAUUUUGGAUGAUCCAUUGUCUGCUCUGGAUGUCCAUGUUGGCCGCCAUCUUUUUGAAGAGGGAAUAGUAAAAUGGCUGCUGGAUAACAAACAAACAGUUAUCCUGGUUACACAUCAGCUUCAGUACCUCAAUAGGGCCGAUUUGAUCAUUGAAGUCAAGGAAGGACGAAUCUGUGCUACGGGAAGCUUAGAUGACGUCAUCAAGGCCGAUCCUGAGACGUACAGUAGUUGGGCAGAGGCGAUUAAGGAAGAUGAAGAACCAGAAUCUGAGGAAGUCAAAGAUGUAGAGGAAGAAAGGAAAAGUCUCAAGAGACAGCUCUCCAAGAAAGACAGCUUCGUCAAACAGAUGUCAAAGGAAGAGAAGCAGAGUGGCGGUAAACUGAUUGAGAAAGAAGAGCAGGCUCGAGGGUCAGUCUCCUACACGGUCUACCUAUACUACAUGAAGAACGUAGGAUGGGGUUUGAUAUCAUUCGUGUUUCUAGCUCUCAUCACACAGACUUCAUUAAACGUUGGCAAGAACUUCUGGUUGUCCAGUUGGUCAGAAGCCGGUUUGUCGAACGAGAGUGCAACAUCAACCGCUGAAUACCUAGGUGGUUAUGCAGGCUUAUCAGUAGCAGCCAUUGUGAGUCAGUUGAUGGCUUUCUCGGCGUUGGUGACGGCAGCUUUGAUCGGUGGUCGUAGAUUGCACCACAAUAUGCUCCAAAAUAUCAUCAUGGUUCCACUCAGGUUCUUUGACACUACACCGAUUGGCAGAGUUCUCAACAGAUUUUCCAACGACACCCAACUGAUUGAUUCUAGACUUGCUCAAACGUUCAACAGUCUUCUGGGAUGUUUCUUACAAUGCCUUUCAGCGGUUGUAGUCAACACUAUUGUUAUGCCAUUCUUCAUCAUAUUCGUCAUACCAAUUGCUAUUGGGUAUUACUUUCUGCAAAAAUACUUCAUCGCUACCUCAAGGGAGCUUCAACGUCUUGACAGUACCAGUAAAUCCCCCAUAUUUGCAUUCUUCUCAGAAAGUCUCGGCGGAUUAUCAACCAUUCGAGCUUACGGAGAUGGCAAGCGUUUUUACAAGACUCUGAUUAAGCGCAUUGAUACUAAUUUGGGACCUUACCUGUAUCUUCAAGCUGCAAAUAGAUGGUUAGCUACUCGUUUGGAUCUGAUUGGUUCGCUGUUUGUCCUCCUGGCUGGUUUGUCCACUCUGAUUGGUGCAUUGCUGUUUGGCGUUGACCCAAGUUUAGUGGGACUUGCCGUGACGUAUUCACUUCAGGUGUCUGGUUAUCUAAACUGGCUUGUUCGCAGCGUUGCUGAUGCUGAGCUGCAGAUGAAUGCAGUCGAACGUGUCAAGUUUUACUCCGAUGUUGAAAACGAGCCAUAUGAAGGUAAAGAACCUGCUGUUGAAUGGCCCUCUCGUGGUCAGAUUAAAUUUGAAGAGGUAUCGGUUCGUUACGCUGAGGAUCUAGAUGCAGUCUUGAAACGAGUCUCUGUUUGCCUCAAACCAGGAGAAAAGGUUGGAAUUUGUGGCCGUACCGGAAGUGGAAAAUCCACAUUGACCCUUGCCCUUCUCAGGGUCAUUGAUAUCUUUGAAGGUCAAGUACUAAUUGAUGACGUCGACAUCAAGUCUGUACCUCUGACGUCACUCAGAAGUAAACUGUCAAUCAUUCCACAAGAUCCAGUGCUGUUUACAGGCUCCGUUCGAAAGAAUCUUGAUCCUAUGAUGCAGCAAUCUGAUGAUGAUCUCUGGAAGUCGUUAGAGAUUGCGCAGUUAAAGGAAGUCGUUUCCCAGCUAGAGGGGGGACUAGAUGCGUCAGUAACUGAAGGUGGUGAGAAUUUCAGCGUUGGUCAGAGGCAGUUAUUCUGCUUGGCCCGUGCCUUCCUCAGGAAGUCUCGUAUCCUCAUCAUGGACGAAGCUACCGCCUCAAUCGACAUGGAGACGGACAAGAUUUUACAGACUGUUGUAGCAACUGCAUUUGCCGAUAGAACAGUUUUGACCAUCGCACAUCGUAUCGCGACUAUACUGGACUCAGACAGCAUUCUUGUCUUAGAUGACGGUCAUGUGGCGGAGUAUGGAAGUCCAGCUGAGCUUCUUGCUAAAGAGAAUGGUUUAUUUGCCUCUUUGGUCAAUGACGAUUAAAUGAUGAUUAAAGGGAAGGACGCGUUUGGUAGUUACUCAAAACAAAUAUUAACUUAAAAACUGACUUGGUAACGAGCA